UCACGUGAUCAGCCCCCAUCCGGUCAAAGCGGUGCUCGGAGAGCCCCUCGACAGCAAAAAGCUUUGCGCCCUCCCUCUUCUCUCUCAUUCCCUCAGCAGCUCUUCACGUUCUCUCGUGCACUCAUCACUCUUGGAAAGAUGUCGGACGAGGGAAAGUUGUUCGUUGGAGGUUUGAACUUCAGCACGUCCGAGGACGUCUUGAUGACUGCCUUCGGCAAAUAUGGAAACAUCGAAAAGGUGGAUGUGAUCAGAGACAAAGAGACGGGAAGGUCCCGCGGAUUUGGUUUUGUGAAAUAUGAAAAUGUGGACGAUGCCAAGGAUGCACUGGAGGCCAUGAACGGAAAGACUCUGGAUGGCCGUUCUAUUCGUGUGGAUGAAGCAGGAAAAGGUAGUCGCUCCAGGGGCGGUUUCAGCUCCGGCGGCCAACGCGGGAGUGGCGGAGGUCGUUUCGGGAGCUCCAGAGGCAGAGGUGGUUACAACUGCGAUCGGGGUUACGGCAGCGACAGGGGUUACAACGACAGGGGCUUUGGCGGCGGAGACCGUAGCUUUAGCGGCAGCGGUAACUACAGGAGUGGAGGCUACUCGGGUGGCUACAGAGACAAUAGGGGACAAGGCGGCUACGGCGGCGACCGUUCCAACUCGUACCGCGACGGAUACGACAGCUAUGCUACAAACGACUAAACAUCUCCCUGAUUCAAGAUCAUCACUUGGCUGGCUGUUUUUCAAAGAUACGCUCCUCAAGAAAACCCGUCCAUGUUGUUUAUUGCUGACCUUAGUUCUGUAGUUCUGUUGUCGUAGCUCAAGCAUCUUAAGAAAAAAAGAAUGUAGCCCUGAGUUUUGGUCAUUUCCCCCCCUUUUUUUUUGGUUUUUAAAAGCAAAAAUCAGUUAUAUAUAAAAAAAAGUUCUUUGGUUGCCUCGGGGCAGGCUGAUGAGGUCAAUUCCAUGAAGCCCCCCCCUUUGCGGGUCAGACAAAGCCGGUCUGUGGCUUUUCUUUGCUCGGCCGCACAUGCUGUGAGGCCCCCCCCCCCCCCGAACGUCCAAGUGUUGCUUGGUUUUGAAAGCUAUUUUUUCCCCCCUCCCUUCUUUUUAAGUCAACACUUUUCGAAGGCGCUCGUUUUUUUUUUUGUGUUCUCCUCUUGUGACCUCCCGUCAGGGUUCUAACUCUGAGGAAAGCUCCAUUUGCCCAGAAAGAAGGGGAGUUUGGGGGGAUUUUUCGGCCAAAUUCUUUUUGACAAUACUCAACAUAGGUUAUUUGGCGCUUCCUGUAUGUUCAAUUUCCACAAAGCGUGAAUUCCUUUCAGACUGGUGAACUACAAAUCCGAAGUGGCUGGCUGUUCAUGAAGUUGCAAAUUGCAGCAUGCGACAGUCUGUCCCAAGGUAUCUUCUGUGCUCUGCUCAACAUCUGCAUUUUUUUUUUAAUGUGCUGUAAAAUUGGACUAAUCUUGUCAAGUGAUCGCAAACAAAAAAUGUAACUUCGUUUCCAAAAAGUAAAAAAAACCAACGAUCGGGAACAGAUUUGUACUUUGUUCUUUGUAUGGUCUCAUAUUUUUAUUUUUAUUUUUUUUUUUGUCAGUUCGGCUUCAUGGAGCCCAUUAAACACAUUGUGGAAAAUAUUCUUUUGAUUCUUGCCUCAAAAAGUGUCGCAUGGGGGGAUUAAGUUCAGUUUAAUUCUGUUCACAUGAAGUAGGGAUGCAUUUGGAUUCUAAAUUUUUGAAAUAGUCAACUUGGCUGCUAGCAAAUCAGAACCUCCAAUGAGACAACGAAACCACUCUGCUCCGCCCGACUAUUCAAAGACCCGGCGGGCAAGUUUUUGUGCAGGGGUUAAACCUCUAGUGGGAACGUUUAGCUGGUGUUUGGUCAUGUUAAUGCUUCAUUACAUUCAAGAGGUCAGCUACUUCCAAAUCCUACCCGAGUCCUUGGAGAGUGAAGCGUUGCGCCUACCCCAACAAGUGCUGCUCACAGAUGAAAGCUGCUCUCUUGCCUAGGUCAUAUGUGGAGAGAGAGAGAGUAGGCCAAUGCACGUGAGGUAAAAAUCUCCUUUUGCUUUGCUCACAUCCUUCCGACUCAGUUGUCAUGUUGUUUCCAUGAAUGCCCUCCGAGUUCAGUCGCUCUUUUUCUAGUCCUCUGCCUCACAAGUCGUCCGCAGACAUGACACGGCCGCUAAAGCCCUCUUUCCCUCCCGUUUUUUCUUUUUAAUACCCGGAGAAUUGUUUGUGAAGCUCCUGGAAUGUUAAACGCUCCAUCAGUUCACCAAAACAAAAAGCACUGGCCUCUCGAGUCAUGGAUUGUACUGACCGGUCCACUUCAGUUCACUGCAUUAGUCUUCUAUUUUUUUUUUUUUUUUUCUCCCUGUAACAAUCCACAGAAGUAUUCUUUAAAAAAAAAUGUACUCAUGUUCUUGAAUAUUUACAUUUGAAUAAGUGGUGAGUUUCGGACCCAUGAAUAAUAGUGUUGCAUGCUGUUGUAUGUUUUCAAUUUUUUAUUUUUUUGUUUUGGGACACAAUUGUUUCAGUGCAAAGACUUGAUAUGGUUUCUUUUUCUCCAGGUUAACCUGAUGGUUGGACUCGUGGAACCUGUCACAGCUGAAAGAUGUUCCGCCUGAGAGGCAUCAGUCAUUCGGCAAUGCCAGCCGGCCAGAUGAGGCCCGGUUGACAGCUUGGAGUGAAGCCUGAUAAGUUUUGGCUCAGAGUUGAUGGUGGAAAACCAGUGAAUCUUUUGAAAAUGUUUUUGUUUUAUUUAUGAAAUAAACUAAGACUGUCUUAUUAUUCA